AUGUCUUUUUCUCCAUUAUCUUGGAUUUUUCAUUUGGCUUCUUUUUUUUUUUCAUUUAAUUGCUCACUAAUUCUUAUUUGCUUUUCAUACCUUUCACUUUUCCUCUUAAUUUCUCUCAUCUCAUUCAUUAUUUCACAUCUCAUAAUUCAUGACUUUAUCUUUUUUCUCUUUCACAUUCUCAUUCAUUUUCUUUCAGAUUUAUGUUUAUCCUCUCUGCCUUUCUUCAUUCUUUAUAUAUGCCAACUUUUCAGACAUUCUUUCUUCUUUCACUUUGACUCUCUCUCUUCUUUUUGCUUUGCCCCUCUCUCUUUUCUUUUCGCUUUGCCUCACUCUCUUCUUUUCGCUUUGCCUCUCUCUCUUCUUUUCACUUUGCCUCUCUCUCUUCUUUUCCUUUGCUCCUCUCUUCUUUUCCUUUGCCUCUCUCUCUUCUUUAAGCUUUGCCUCCUCUCUUCUUCGCUUUGCCUCCUCUCUUCUUUUUCGCUUUGCCUCUCUCUCUCUUCUUUUUCGCUUUUGCCUCACUCUCUUCUUUUCCUUUGCUCUCUCUCUCUUCUUUUAAGCUUUGCCUCCUCUCUUCUUUUCGCUUUGCCUCACUCUCUUCUUUUCGCUUUGCCUCACUCUCUUCUUUUCGCUUUGCCUCACUCUCUCUUCUUUUCGCUUUGCCUCUCUCUCUCUUCUUUUCGCUUUGCCUCUCUCUCUUCUUUUCGCUUUGCCUCACUCUCUUCUUUUCGCUUUGCCUCUCUCUCUUCUUUUCACUUUGCCUCUCUCUCUUCUUUUCGCUUUGCCUCACUCUCUUCUUUUCACUUUGCCUCUCUCUCUUCUUUUCCUUUUGCCUCACUCUCUUCUUUUCACUUUGCCUCCUCUCUUCUUUUCGCUUUGCCUCUCUCUUCUUUUUCACUUUGCCUCUCUCUCUUCUUUUCGCUUUGCCUCUCUCUCUUCUUUUCGCUUUGCUCACUCUCUUCUUUUUAA